AUGACCGCCCGAAAGUUGCACUGCGUGUGGCCGGUGCCGGCUGACAUCGACAUUGCCCAGAGUGUCGAUGCCCAGCCUAUCACGAGCAUCGCCGAGGCCGCGGGUAUACUUCUUUCGGAGCUGAGCCCGUACGGCAGCACCCGUGCCAAGGUUAAGUUGAGCGUCCUGAAGCGUUUGGAGGGCAGUCCAUAUGGCAAGUACGUCGUGGUGGCGGGCAUGAGCCCCACCCCGUUGGGGGAAGGGAAGAGCACCACGACGAUCGGCGUCGCUCAGGCUCUCGGUGCUCAUCUAAAACGACGCUGCUUUGCGUGCAUUCGCCAACCGUCUCAAGGACCGACCUUCGGCAUCAAGGGCGGUGCCGCGGGCGGCGGCUACAGCCAGGUGAUUCCGAUGGAGGAUUUUAACCUCCACGGCACCGGCGACAUACACGCUAUCACCGCAGCGAACAACCUCCUUGCCGCGGCACUUGACACCCGCAUCUUCCACGAGCGGACGCAGGACGACGCCGCGCUUUACCGCCGUCUCACCGACGAGCUGAAAACAUUCACACCGAUUAUGCAGAAGCGGCUCGACAAACUCGGCAUCCACAAAACGGACCCCAUGGCGCUGACGGAGGCGGAGCGCGUCUGCUUUGCGCGCCUGGACGUCGACCCUGACACUAUUUCGUGGCGCCGCGUCACCGACGUCAACGACCGCCUCCUGCGCGACAUCGAGAUCGGGAUGGGCAAGGCGGAGAAGGGUAUUAGCCGGCGCACUGGCUUCGACAUUUCGGUCGCGUCCGAGGUGAUGGCUAUUCUGGCGCUCGUGGACGAUUUGGCCGACAUGCGCCAGCGCCUGGGAGCGAUCCAGGUGGCCAAAAGCAAGGCGGGCGCGUCGGUGACGGCUGAGGAUGUGGGCUGUGCCGGGGCCAUGACGGUGCUCAUGAAGGAUGCGGUUGAGCCGACGCUGAUGCAGACGCUGGAGGGCACCCCCGUGCUGGUGCAUGCCGGCCCCUUCGGCAAUAUUGCGCACGGUAACAGCAGCGUCAUCGCCGACCGCAUCGCCCUCAAGCUGGCCGGUGCGGACGGCUUUGUGCUGACGGAGGCCGGCUUCGGGGCGGACAUGGGUUGUGAGAAGUUCUUUAACAUCAAGUGCCGCACGAGCGGGCUGAAGCCGGAUGCGGCGGUGCUCGUGGCGACGGUGCGCGCACUGAAGUUCCACGGCGGUGUGGAGCCAAAGGAUGCUGCCAAGGAGAACGCGGAUGCCUUGCGUGCCGGCAUGAGCAACCUUAUUCGGCAUAUUCAGAACAUUCGCAAGUUUGGGGUGCCAGUGGUGGUGGCACUGAACCGGUUUAGCACCGACACGGAGGCGGAGCUGGCGUUGGUGACGGAGCUGGCGACGCAGGAGGGUGGCGCGGCGGAUGUUGUGGUCACAGAGCACUGGUCCAAGGGCGGCGCCGGGGCCGUCGAUCUUGCCCAGGCGCUGAUCCGCGUCACGGAGACGACACCGUCAAACUUCCAGCUGCUUUACCCAAGCAACGCGUCGCUCAAGGAGAAGAUCGAGACGGUGUGCCGCGAGAUUUACGGCGCCGCCGGUGUGGAGUACCUCAACGACGUAGAGGAGAAGCUGGCGGACUUCGAGAAGAUGGGCUACGGCGACUUUCCUGUAUGCAUGGCAAAGACGCAGUACAGCUUCUCGCACAACCCCGAGCUGCGCGGGGCGCCGACCGGCUUUACUGUCCCCAUCCGCGACGUCCGCGUUAACUGCGGCGCGAGGUUUGUGUUUCCUCUGCUGGGCGACAUCUCCACGAUGCCUGGUCUGCCGACCCGACCGGCGUACUACAAUAUCGAUAUCGACUGCGAGACGGGAAGGAUUGUGGGUCUUUCGUAA